AUUAAGUAUCUCUAUUUGGUUUCUACAUUAUUAUCCUUUUCCAAUUAUCAAAUAUUGAUCAUCAUUGUUUUGGAAUUAUUUAAUUUUCUUGUUUUUAUUGAUUUUUAUCAAUAAAAUUUUCCUAUCAAUUGUUACAUCCAAAUUACAAAUACAUAUUCCUCUUCUAUGUGUAUGAUAAAAAAAACAAUCAUUGAUAUUAUACAAUUGGCUUUUACACUACUUUGAAAGUUUUGUUGGAAAAAUCAAGGAGAGUAAUUACAAUUUCAAGGCAUAUCAAAUUCUUCAACGUGGAAAAGGAAAGCAAUCUGCCUAGAAAUCAAUAAACAAAGGGAUGAAAAAUAAGUGGUAAAACUUUGUGAGCGUAAGAAACGUGGCUAGAAACAAAAUGGAUGACAUUGACUCAACUUGUACUGCUGCGCUCAUGAAGUUUUCUAUACCAGCUGUUUCCUUCAUUUGUUUAUUGAUUGUUUGUCACGUAUUACAUAUCCUUUUGAAACCUAUUUCUCAACCUAGAAUCAUCUCGGAAACCAUUGUAGGUUUAAUUUUAGGAAAUUCCCAUUUAGUGAGAUCAAAGAUAUUAUAUGUAGAAGAUGGAAUGGAAAAUAUGAGAUACUUAACAAAUUUCGGAAUGACGCUCUACAUGUUUGCUUUAGGGCUUGAGAUGGAUCCCAUGGUACUUCUCCGCAUACCCAAAAGAGAGGCUGUAGUUGCAUAUACUGGUAUGUUCUUCACAUUUGUUAUAACAAGUUGUGCAACUCCUUUCCUACGGUAUGGGGUGAAUUCAAACUACAAAUUUGAUAUUGCUUUCGCCAUAAUCCUAUCAAGUACAGGGUCUCCGUUGCUAACUCGUGUGUUAACAGACCUUAAGAUAGGUAGAUCUGACAUUGGGAAGUUCGCCAUCUCCGCAGCUGUGUACUCAGAGUUGGUAACAAUAUUCAUCAUUUGUGUUGGAUAUGUCAUAUUUCAACCCGAAAGGGGGUUCCACAUAAGAAGAAUACUUCUUCAAAGACCUGAUGAACAUGAAUACAAAGUAGGCCCCAGUCUUUUCCCUAUUGCCGCUGCAUUAUUGCUUCAAAUUAUUAUAAGCUUAGUGGCAGGACCUAUCAUAUUUAAUUGGGUUAAUAACGCCAACCCCCACGGAAAGACCUUUAAAGGAUCACAUUUAGUGCUCUCAGCUACUUUUGCAGUGUGUGUUGGUUGCAUUUCACCCCUUAUGGGCUUUGGUAAAGUGCUUAGUGCAUUCAUUACUGGGGUUUUCUUACCUCGUGAAGGGAGAAUUUCACAGUUUGUUGUUACUAAAAUUAACUACUUCUUGACCUUCGUGUUUUACCCUUACUUUUUUGUUUGGGUGGGAUCGGAAGCAAAAUUUAAUCAAUUUGAAUUUAAAAUAGAUUCUUGGGCAAAAUUGUUCGGUCUUUUUGCUUUUGGAACAGUUGGAAAGAUCAUUGGAGGCAUUCUAUCUGGGUUGAUUUUCGGAUUUCAUUGGUCUGAAUCGAUCAUGCUUGCAUCACUUCUGAAUGUCAAAGGACAUUUACACAUAUACCUCACUAUUAUUGCUAUGCAGGAACAAAUCAUUACUCAUUUAACAUGUAUAUGCAUGAUAUUAGCGAUGCUCCUCAAGAUUGUAUAUAUCCCAAUGGUUGCACAAUACAUCAUCCAACGUGCUAAAAAACGUUUGUCCAAUCAACCUUUAGCCUUGCAAUGGCAUGAUCCUACUGAACAACUUAGAAUCUUAUUAUGCUUUCAUGGGCCUGAAAAUGUCCCUUGUUUCGUUAAUUUUAUGGAGAUCUCCAAGGGGAUAAAUGACUCGGGAAUAUUAGUAUAUGCUACUGACAUGGUAGAACUUACAGACCAGAUUGCUAGCACACUAAUCUCAGGAGGGGCCGAUAACGUAGAGGUGACUGAUAAAAGAGUGAUUCAAAUUAGGGAGAAAAUCACCACUGCCCUAGAGGAAUAUACCGAGAACAAUGGAGAUAGAGUCACAAUUCGAAGAGCCAUGGCUUUGGCAACUUACAAUACCAUGCACCAAGAAAUAUGCAACUUAGCCGGGGAUUCAAUAGUCAACCUGAUAGUCCUUCCUUUUCAUAAUGGCCCUUCAAGUGACGAGCAGACAUAUACCAACCUUACAGGGUUUAGAUAUGUUAAUCGCAAGGUACUUCGAAAUGCCCCAUGCUCCAUUGCUAUCAUGGUGGAUCGAGGUUUUGGUGCGAUCAACCAAAUAUUAAACUCAUCAAGCAACACUUUGAAUACUGUUGUUAUAUUUAUUGGUGGCAAAGAUGAUAGAGAAGCAUUAGCCUAUGCUGGUCGUAUCGCUUACCAACGUGGAGUGAAGCUAACAGUGAUGAGAUUCCUCGUAGACACUGAUGCAGAAAACAAUAAUAUAAAGAAAACAUAUGAACAAGAAGAAGAGAUGAAACAAGACGAUGAAUGUUUUGCAAACUUUUACGAAAAACAUGUUGCAGGUGGAACGGUAUCCUACUUAGAGAAACACCUAGUGAAUUCAUCACAAGCCUACAACACAUUGCAAUCAUUAGAAGGGAAAUACGAAUUGUUCAUUGUGGGGCGAGGAGGUCGAGUGAAUUCAUUGCUAACAAUGGGGAUGAAUGAUUGGGAGGAAUGUCCGGAACUAGGACCUUUAGGGGAUAUACUUUCGGGGCCUAAUUUUUCCAUCACUGCCUCAGUUUUAAUCAUUCAACAACACGACCCUAAAGUUGAACCCGGAGGUGGUGCCUGAUUAUGAUUUUUCCCAUCAUGUAAAAAGUAAAAAAUAGUUGAGAAGUUAUUCAAUAUUCAUUUGUACAAGCAUUGGAAAUAUCUGAAGUGUUGUAAAAUGCAAGCUUAUAAAAUGAUGUUCCAUAAACUUGAUAGUUAUAUUUUCAACUACGCAUAUUUUAAGGACUAAAGGA